GGCGGGAGCGCGUGGAGCAGCUGGCGGAGAACACCCGCUACUUCAGACGGCGCCUGACGGAGAUGGGGUUCAUCAUCUACGGGAACAGCGACUCCCCCGUGGUCCCCCUGAUGCUCUACAUGCCAGCCAAGAUCGGGGCGUUUGGACGGGAGAUGCUGAGGAGGAACAUCGGGGUGGUAGUUGUGGGGUUUCCCGCCACCCCCAUCAUCGAGUCCCGAGCCCGAUUCUGUGUGUCCGCGGCCCACACCAGGGACAUGCUGGACGAGGCUCUGGAUAAGAUCUCGGAGGUGGGCGACCUCCUCCAGCUGAAGUAUUCCCGCCACCAUUUUGUGCCAUUGCUGGAUCGGCCGUUUGAUGAGACGACGUAUGAGGAGACGGAGGACUGAUCCGCGCAGACACCGCGCCAUAAUCCAGCCAGACACUGACCCGCUGACCCCGCUCCGGGGGGCUCUUUAUAUUUGUACAUUUUUCUCUUUUCCAUUUUACACCCUAUUUAUUGGGGAUGGGACCAGUGACGACGUCUCCCGUCUGAGGCCCUCGUCCCGUGUCGGGGGGGGGGGGGGGGGCAGAUUCCUGGGCAGCUAUUCACAUCCCGCGCGUCCGCGUCAUCCUGCGCGGGGGAGGAGCAGCACAGGUGCUACAUAUGGUGCUGACCUGAAGAGCUGUGGGCCGGGCCCCUGACCAUGACGCCUCUGUGGGUGGAGGCUGAGGAAGCCGGGCUGGGCCUGACAUCUGCUUGUUCGUGGCCCCUGGAGGGUUUGUGUAGUGGGGGCCCCGUGGCUGCUCUUCUCGGUCUGACCUCGGGGGCCAUAGUGUUUAUCCUCGGUGCGGCUCCAGAUGAGGUUGGUGGUUGAAGGACCAGUAUGGGGUGGGGAGGGGUGCGGAGCGCUCUGUACCCCACUUUCUACCCUCUUUCACAUUCCUCCUUGUUAGGGUUCUGGGCCCUGAGGUCGGGCCCCCGCCCAUGUUGCCUUCUUUGUGCCAUGAUGUUUAAAUGUACUGAGCCAAAAGAAUUCCCACAGCACGAGCCACACCGGCAGAGACGCCCGGAACCAAGGGACCGCCGGGGGGGGGGGGGGGCGCGCAACGGAUACGGCAGAGACGCCCGGAACCAAGGGACCGCCAGGGGGGGCGCGCAACGGAUGCGGCAGAGACGCCCGGGAACAAGGGACCGCCGGGGGGGCGCGCAACGGAUGCGGCAGAGAUGCCCGGAAACCAAGGGACCGCCAGGGGGGGCGCGCAACGGAUGCGGCAGAGAUGCCCGGGAACCAAGGGACCGCCGGGGGGGGGCGCGCAA